UUUCCAUCCCCCCCGUCCCCCCCUCCCCGUCCCCCCGCCCCGACCCCCGCGCCCUCCCCCGGCGCGGCGUCCAUGGUCGCGCCCGGCCGCCGCGGCCUCGCACCGGAGCCCUUGGGCGGCGGCGAGGGGAGAAAGGAGCGGGCCCGGCGCUGCCCGCCGCGCCGCAGGGCGCAUCGAGAAUAAUCAUCAGCCUUAAUAAGGAUUGAUUGUAUAUUACUCGUCAUCGUCCCGGUUUGAUAUUAAUCGGAAAAGGCUUUGACCGUUGUGUUGGGGAGGUGAAAAAUUGAAUGAGCGUCCCUUUCAAGGGGCCACCACUGGAAGAACCUUUAUGGGCUCCUAAUGACAUGCAGGUGGACGAUUUGCUUACGAUAAUUAAGGUCAACAUGGAUUUGUGGUUCUUUCUCCUUUUGCUUGGAAGUGGCCUGAUAAGCGUAGGUGCUGACAAUAUUACGACAGAGCCCCCCACAACGGUGCCCACCUCCCCCGGGAGCCCCGCCAGAGCUCCUACGGCAGGUCCUGAGCACGGGACUGCGACGGGUGCGAGCAGCCUCAACACUAGCACUCCCGUGACUGUUUCUACCGUGGCGCCAAAGCCACCUACGGCCACGGCCACCCGGAUCUCCCCCAACGCCACCGCCGUCAGCCUCAACACCUCCACCCCGGGGACGACCGUGCCCGUGCCUCCAGCCACCUCCCUGCCACCCAGCGUGACGCCAGCGGCGCCGCGCACCGCGCUCCCCGGCACGGAGGCGGAGACCACAGGGAGGAAUUUCAGCGCGACGGUGACAACGCAAGAGACCUCUUCUGCUCCCCAUAACGGUAACUCUGACAGAAGAGAUGAGACUCCAAUUAUAGCUGUGAUGGUGGCCCUGUCUUCCCUUCUAGUCAUAGUAUUUAUUAUUAUUGUGCUGUACAUGUUAAGGUUCAAGAAAUACAAGCAAGCAGGGAGUCACUCCAACUCCUUUCGAUUGUCCAACGGCCGGACGGAUGACGCAGAGCCUCAGAGCAUGCCGCUGCUCGCCCGCUCCCCCAGCACCAACCGCAAAUACCCGCCUCUGCCCGUGGAUAAGCUGGAAGAGGAGAUCAACCGCCGGAUGGCAGAUGACAACAAGCUCUUUCGGGAGGAGUUCAACGCUCUCCCAGCGUGUCCCAUACAGGCCACGUGCGAAGCUGCUUCCAAGGAGGAGAACAAGGAGAAGAACAGAUACGUCAACAUUUUGCCCUAUGAUCAUUCCAGGGUUCAUCUGACGCCUGUUGAGGGGGUCCCUGACUCCGACUACAUCAACGCCUCCUUCAUUAAUGGGUACCAAGAGAAAAACAAGUUCAUCGCUGCACAAGGACCAAAGGAAGAAACCGUGAACGAUUUUUGGAGGAUGAUUUGGGAGCAAAACACCGCGACAAUUGUCAUGGUGACCAACCUGAAAGAGAGGAAGGAGUGUAAGUGUGCUCAGUACUGGCCGGAUCAGGGCUGCUGGACCUACGGGAACAUCCGAGUGUCCGUGGAGGAUGUGACCGUCCUGGUGGAUUACACCGUGAGGAAGUUCUGCAUCCAGCAGGUCGGCGACGUCACGAACAAGAAGCCUCAGCGCCUGGUGACUCAGUUCCACUUCACCAGCUGGCCCGACUUCGGGGUCCCCUUCACCCCCAUCGGGAUGCUGAAGUUCUUGAAGAAGGUGAAGACGUGUAACCCCCAAUACGCAGGGGCAAUAGUAGUGCACUGCAGCGCCGGGGUAGGACGCACGGGCACUUUUAUCGUCAUCGAUGCCAUGCUGGACAUGAUGCACGCCGAGAGGAAGGUGGACGUUUACGGCUUCGUGAGCCGGAUCCGGGCUCAGCGCUGCCAGAUGGUACAGACAGAUAUGCAGUAUGUGUUUAUAUACCAAGCACUUCUGGAGCACUAUCUCUACGGUGACACAGAGCUGGAGGUGACCUCGUUAGAGAUCCACCUUCAGAAGAUCUACAACAAAGUGCCAGGGACCAGCAGCAAUGGGCUGGAAGAGGAGUUCAAGAAGCUCACUUCAAUCAAAAUUCAGAACGACAAGAUGCGAACGGGCAACUUGCCGGCAAACAUGAAGAAGAACAGGGUGCUUCAAAUAAUUCCAUAUGAGUUCAACCGAGUAAUCAUUCCAGUGAAGAGAGGUGAAGAGAACACAGACUACGUAAACGCUUCCUUCAUUGACGGUUAUCGCCAGAAGGACUCCUAUAUCGCCAGCCAAGGACCGCUGCAGCACACAAUAGAGGACUUCUGGAGGAUGAUCUGGGAGUGGAAAUCCUGCUCCAUAGUGAUGCUAACGGAGCUGGAGGAGAGAGGCCAGGAAAAGUGUGCCCAGUACUGGCCGUCUGACGGCUCCGUGUCCUAUGGAGACAUCACUGUGGAGCUGAAGAAAGAGGAGGAGUGUGAGAGCUAUACGGUGCGGGACCUGCUGGUAACGAACACCCGGGAAAACAAGAGCCGACAGAUUCGGCAGUUUCACUUCCACGGCUGGCCAGAGGUUGGGAUCCCCGGGGACGGGAAGGGAAUGAUCAACAUCAUCGCGGCGGUGCAGAAGCAGCAGCAGCAGUCUGGCAACCACCCGAUCACUGUGCACUGCAGUGCUGGAGCAGGGAGAACGGGCACCUUCUGUGCGCUGAGCACUGUCCUGGAAAGGGUGAAGGCAGAAGGGAUUCUCGACGUCUUUCAGACGGUGAAGAGUUUAAGACUACAGAGGCCGCAUAUGGUGCAGACACUGGAACAGUACGAAUUCUGCUACAAGGUGGUGCAGGAAUAUAUCGACGCCUUCUCAGACUACGCCAACUUCAAGUGAAGAAAAAAAAAAAAAAAAAAAAAAAAAAAAAAAUCCACACCCC